AUGCAACCAGUACCUAUAGCUAUACGUACGGAAACAUCACCGAUCAAGCAAGUGCUUAAAAGCAUGUUCAAAAUUAGCAGAGUGCGUCCAAUUCUAAUUGUUAUUCUUUGUGUCGAUAUUUUAAUGUUUAUCAUCAGAGUUUUCAAGUUAAAAACGUUUCUCAUUAUACUUUCCUCAUGUUCUUUUUUGUUACUCAUCAUUGCAAUCAUCGAACUUUGCCUUCCUCAAAACAACGUACCUCCAAAUGACAUCAACCAGUAUAAUCCUGUAGAAACGGUCAAUACAUUUUAUAAGCCGAAGUAUGAAGUAAAGAAAUAUAUGCUCGAAGAUUAUGCUGGAGAACCAAAUAUUUGCGGUAUUUGUCUUAAUCCUAUUCAUGGAGGCGAUAUCGCCGUUCUGAAAUGCUUGCACUUCUUCCAUCCAGAUUGCUUGGAGAAAUGGGUCAAAAUUAGGUCAACAUGUCCAACAUGUAAAGUUCCGAUUGAUUAA